AUGCCCCUCACAAAGCUCAACUUCAUCACCGGAAACAAAAACAAACUCGCCGAAGUGCGAGCCAUCCUCGGCAACGUCAUCGAAGUGGACAAUCAAGCCGUCGAUGUCCCCGAGAUCCAAGGCAGCAUCGAAGAGAUUGCAAAGGAGAAGGCGAGACGGGCCGCCGAAGCAAUCAACGGCCCCGCUUUGACGGAGGACACGGCGCUUGAAUUCGAUGCGUUGAAGGGAUUACCCGGGCCUUAUAUCAAAACAUUCAUGGAGUCCCUCGGCCACGAAGGUCUGAAUAAGAUGCUCGAUGGGUUUGAGGACCGCAGUGCUCAGGCGGUUUGCACUUUCGCAUUUUGUCGGGGUCCGGGUGAGGAGCCGUUGAUUUUCCAGGGUAGAACGGCGGGAACUAUUGUUCGACCUCGAGGUCCGACCAAUUUCGGCUGGGAUCCCAUCUUCGAGUACGAGGGCCAGACAUAUGCCGAGAUGGACAAAGAAGCAAAGAACAAAAUCUCCCACCGGUACAAGGCACUCGUCAAGCUCCAGCAAUGGUUGGCAGAGGGUCAGCACUGA